GUAGUCGAUAGUUUACUACAGUCGAGAUCAGACCGGAAUAACAUCAUAUCAUGGAGCCGACGACUUCACCCCAUGCUAAUCGGGGGACAGCACCGAUACCCUGGGCGUUGUGCACUUUUUGUGUGUUUGUCUCGUUUUUGGGCACGGCUGAUUCGGCGAAAAUCCUGUGUAUCUUCCCGACCCCCAGUCGAUCACAUGUGAUCAUUGGACAAAAUUUGCUCAAAGGAUUAGCCGAGCGUGGUCAUCAGGUCACAAUGGUCAGUGCCUUCAAGCUGCCGAAGCCGGUGAAAAACUAUCGCGAAGUAACCAUUCCGGGAGAGGAUUACGCUAGUGAAUUGACGAAGAAAUUUCUUCUGGGAGUAAACAAUCCACUCAAAACACUCCCAGUGAUGAUGCAGAAGACGAUGGAAUCGGCCAACAACACCAUAAACCAUCCCCAGUUUCUGGAACUUAAGAAAGAGAAAUUCGAUCUAGUCAUCGUUGGGAUCUUCGUCGUGGAUUACGUUCUUGGUUUAGGUCCCCAUUUCGAUGCCCCCACGGUGGCGAUUUGGAGCUCUGGGCUCUCCAAAAUUACAGCCGAUCUGGUCGGCAACCCAAGGUCGAUAUCCACGGUACCAAGUGCGAUGCUCGGUCGGCAGGAUUCAAUGAGUUUCAUGCCUCGGUUGAAAAAUUUCCUGGUCAGCAUGGCGGAGAAUGUGUUCGUACUUUUUUCGACCUACAAGCAACGAGUUUACUACAAUUGGAACUUCCCAUCCGAUCGCUAUCCAAGUUACGACGACGUUCGGAAGAAUGUGUCACUACUGCUGCUCAACACGCACUAUUCGCAGGCCGGUCCAAGACCAUAUCUGCCGAACGUCGUCGAGGUGGGUGGUCUACAAAUUAAAGCCAAGCCUGAUCUACUGCCGCGCGACAUUCAGGAGUGGUUGGACGGAGCAGAGCAUGGUGCCGUAUAUUUCUGUCUGGGGUCAAACCUCAAAUCGACAGAUCUUCCAGCAGAGAAGUUGGAAGUGUUCGUGAAAAGUCUGGGGAAGUUGAAACAACGAGUUCUUUGGAAGUGGGAAUCAGGCAGCAUCCCGAAUCAACCUUCGAACGUUAUGACCCAGAAGUGGCUUCCACAGGAUGAUAUUCUAGCUCACAAAAACGUAGUCCUGUUCAUAUCACACGGGGGUCUAGGAGGAAUGGCCGAAGCACGGUACCACGGAGUGCCGGUGCUCGGAAUUCCAAUCUUCGCCGAGCAGUCCGGCAAUGUAAUUGGAAUGGUGCGAGAAGGUCUAGGACUUGGGGUGGACUAUGCGACACUUGCUGAGAAGUCCUUCACCGAGUCGCUCAAUGAGGUGUUGACUAAUUCGAGGUUCCGCCAGAAGGCUAAGGAAACUUCCGUUAUCUAUCGGGAUCGACCCCAAACGGCACUGGACUUAGCAUGCUACUGGGUUGAGUACGUGAUCCGGCACAAGGGAGCACCCCAUCUACAUUAUCAGGGAGCGGAGUUGAACUUUAUUCAAAAACAAAUGUUGGACGUUAUUGUGGUCCUACUUUUGGGUGCGUAUGUUGUGUUCAAAAUACUUAAAUUUUUAGUCGUAGGUAUAAGAAAACUGAUUCGCCGCAUACAGAGGAAGCAAAAAUUGAAUUGAGAAUUUAAGAAAUAUAGAAAAAUGUUCCACAA